CAAUUUGAGGCGCAAGUGGUUGCAGCAGCUUCUCUGUUAAUCAUCUUUGGUGCUGCUCUUAUGUUGACUGGAUUUAUGCUUUUUCGAGUGACAAUUAUCUUGACAGGUGUAUUAUUAGGCAGUGCGAUUGCAUGGAUAGGCCUUCAGGUGAAUGAACCAGCUACAAGUUAUCCUAAUACUUCUACUCUCUAUCUUGGUGUCUGUAUUGGUGUCGGCCUCGUCUUGGGUGCUUUUUUGAUGAUCUUUUAUCGAAUUGGCAUGUAUGUCCUCGUUGGU